UCCCAACAGCCCACAAUCCAUCAAGUGGAUUAACUAAUUAUGGUAGUUAGAUCCAAUCAUCUUCCAAAGGUCCCACUUCUGAACACUUUGCCUUGGGGACCAAGCCUUCAACACACCAGCGUUUGGGGGACAUUUCAGAUCCAAGCCAUAACACCCUGCUGUAAGAUAUGAUGUUCCUCCCAUUAAUACUGCAACAGUGGUCCACUUCACCUUUUGAACAUAGCCCCCAGUGCUUAUUUUAAAAGAGGGCGCAAAGGAACGGCUUCGGAAGGGGGUCUUUCCCCCGCCGAGAACCAGUAACCUUCCCCGCCCGCGCGCGCGACCGGCCGGUGCGCCGCGGCCCGCGAAAAUCCCUGCUGCUUUGAGUUCUGUGGCUCUCAGCUGCAUAUGUGAAUUAUGGAGGGUUUGGCAGAGGCUUUGUGUCACCUUCAGAUCCCCCUGCUUGCUGGCACUGUUGGAUAAGAACCUUGCUUAAUUGCCCAGGCUGGCCUCAAAUUUACAGCCCUCCUGCCUCAGCCUCUGGAGUCACUGGGAUUACAGGACAGUUCUCCACAUACAGACUUUGUUUCACUUGGAAUCUUUACUUUUUUUACUUCAUUCGACUGAUUUAACAGGGUUCAACAACAGCAUUCAUAAAUUUCCAGCACUUUAACACUGAGCUACAUCCCCAGACCUUUAUUUAUUUACUUCAUUUUAUUUUAAGAUGGGGCCUCGCUAAGUUGCUGAGGCAGGGCUGGAAUUUUCCAUCCUCCUGCCUCAUCCUCCGAAUUUGCUGGGAUUACAGGACUGGGGUGUAACUCAGUGGUAGAGCACUUGCCCAGCAUGCAAAAGAAAAAAUUCUUAUAAGAGUAGAAAUUAGAAGUUUAUUAAAGGACAGCAGAAAAGACUUCUCCGGAGGAAGAAGGGGACCCAAGAGGAUGGAGAUUUCCACCCAUCAGUCUCAUCUCCUGCAACAGCUAAAUGAGCAGCGCAGGCAAGAUGUGUUCUGUGAUUGCAGUAUUCUAGUUGAAGGGAAGGUCUUCAAAGCUCAUCGAAAUGUAUUAUUUGCUAGUAGUGGCUACUUCAAAAUGCUUCUUUCUCAGAAUUCCAAGGAGACAAGUCAGCCAACCACAGCUACAUUUCAGGCUUUCUCUCCGGACACUUUCACAGUUAUCCUAGACUUUGUCUAUUCAGGCAAACUCUCUCUUACUGGGCAGAAUGUCAUAGAAGUGAUGUCCGCUGCAAGCUUCCUUCAGAUGACUGAUGUCAUUAGUGUAUGUAAGACUUUUAUCAAAUCUUCCUUGGACAUUAGUGAGAAGGAAAAAGAUCGCUACUUCAGUCUCUCAGAUAAGGAUGCCAAUUCUAAUGGCAUAGAGCGUUCUGCUUUUUAUGGUGGCAGCUGGCAAGAAGAAAGCAGUUCCCCACACUCUCACCUCAGCCCAGAUCAAGGAGCAGGUAUAGGUGGAAAGUCGUGGGGUAAGUAUAAUUACCCUCCAGCCUCCCAACGGAGCACUCAGCUCCCUGGGGCCAAGCAUGAGCAGAGGAAAGAUUCCAUUAAAAAGACCAAGCAUCUGCGACUGUCACAGCCUCCUGAAGCUGCUCAGUACAAGUCAAGCAAACGAGAAGCACGAGCGUCUGAUUCUUCCAGCCAUGUUUCCCAGGCUGAAGAACAAGCGCAAAUUGACACAGAAAUGGACUCUGCUUCUGUUGGCUAUCAGUAUGGUCAAGGAUCUGAGGUCACAUCCCGAAGUUUUUCAGAUGACCUGCCCAGGAUGCGAUUCAAGUGCCCGUACUGCACACAUGUGGUAAAGCGGAAAGCAGACCUCAAGCGACACCUGCGCUGUCAUACAGGAGAAAGGCCAUAUCCAUGUCAAGCGUGUGGAAAAAGGUUUAGCAGGCUAGACCACCUAAGUAGCCAUUUCCGAACAAUUCACCAGGCAUGCAAACUAAUCUGCAGAAAAUGCAAACGCCAUGUGACUGACCUAACAGGGCAAGUGGUACAGGAAGGAACCAGGCGCUACAGACUGUGUAAUGAGUGUCUUGCAGAAGUUGGCAUAGACAGCCUCCCCAUUGAUUUGGAAGCUGAGCAACAUCUUAUGUCCCCAUCAGAUGGAGAUAAACAUUCCCGAUGGCACUUGAGUGAAGAUGAGAAUAGAUCCUAUGUGGAGAUUGUAGAGGAUGGGUCUGCCGAUCUGGUCAUACAACAGGUUGAUGAUAGUGAAGAAGAAGAAGAAAAAGAAAUAAAGCCCAACAUUAGGUAGCUGUAAUAUGAACCAACAGAGCUGGCAUGUCUGCAAUUUCCAUUCACUUCCUGUAUCUCUCCUUUCCGUGGUCAGAGUCUGGUUAACAAAUUUAUCAUACUGACUUAAAAGAAAUGACCUGAAAUAACUUGCAUGCUUUCUGAACAGGCCAUUGUAUCCAUUCUGAACUUUGUUGCCCUAAAUGUUGCUGCACUGGAAAGAAAGACCUAGCUUGAGUUGGCAUGAUGGAUGAACAGUUACCCUCUUUAUUACAGAUAUGUUCUUUCUUUUAAUAUUGGAAGAUAUACUUAGCAAAUUUUCUUCAAAGAAAAUAUUUUAAAUAAAUUUAUCAUAGCCAAGCUUUAUAUAAGACAAUUUUAAGGUGUUUCAAAGACAAAUACACUACCAAUAUUAAGUUUCACAGGGAAAACGGGUAAGAGCACAUUUAAGGGUCUGGCAACUCACCUUGCUGUUAAUUUCAGAUCUGAAGCAACCUAUCACUUUCUGGUAUUCUAAAUGAUUAGGAUUAAUGACUGAAGACUAAUAAGAAAUGCUUGAGUUCGUUCAUAUUUAAAAUUUUUGUCCUUAAAAAAUGACUUUUAUAUAGUCAGUAUUAUUUAAAAGAAAAAACUAACAUAGAGGCUGACCAAAGAUUAUAUACAGACAUCGUUUUUUCAAAAUACGAAACACACUGCCUAAAAGUAAAGGUAGUUAAUUUGUAAAAAAGAUCUGUCAAUAACAGUUUUCUUCUUCUCUAAAGGAAAAAAAUGAAUAAAAAGUUUAAAAAAUAUAUUAGAAGGUUCUCUCCAGUUCUUAAGAAUAAUUUCUAACAUUUAUCUAGUGCUAUGUAUUACUUUAAAGUGCUCUAUCACAUAUUUUCUCACUAUUUAGUAAAGGAGAUAGUACCUCUGAGGAAAUUAAGGUCAGAAAAUAUGAGUGGUACAACUGAUGAUUGGACAGACUAUGGUUUUAAGUAAUCCUCUUUUAUCAGUCUCUCCUAAUAUGUCUCCUGAAAUGACAGAGAAUUGAAAUCAAACCUUACCGGCCUGCAGUAAUGAUAAAAGUCAGAUUUAGAAUUAAAAAACACAUUAUAAGAAUCAGGAUUAGAAAAUACAGGGGUGGAUAUAGCUCAGUGGUAGAGUGCUUGCCUAGCACUUGGCCCUGGGUUCAAUCCUCAGCACACACACACAAAGAAUUAGAAUGUAUGAAAGAAGAAUUUAGUCACUUUCAGCAACCUAUAUCUUUAUGUUAAGUUAUUCAAAUAGUGUUAAGUAAUGUCCCUAAAAUACAUUCUGACAUAUUUUUUGUUGGGUUAUUUAUAUGUAAAUUUAAAACAAAACUAUUUGAACAAAUUAUUCUCUUAAAUGCUUUGAGCAUUUUUGCAUAUCUUGUUUAUAUUUUUCACAACAAACUUUUAUCCUAGGAUACAAAGUUUAAACUUCUCCCCAGUAUGAAUUAUGAGACAUUCCAACAUCACAGCAAAAUUGGAGAAGCACUGUUUUUAGUUCUAAGGAUAAAAUAUAAAUAUCAGAACAAUGGUACUUCAUAAAGUUCUUUGUGCUGGGCGCAGUGGCAUAUGCCUAUAGUCUUAGCUACAAAGGAGGCUAAGGCAGGAGGAUUGCAAAUUUGAGGCCAGCCUGAGCAACUUUGGGAGGCCCUGUCUCAAAAAAUUAAAAGGGCUGUGGAUGUAACUCAGUGGUAAAGCACCCCUGGGCUCAGUCCCCAGUACCAUACACACACACAAAAGAGGGGUCUCUGCAAGUUACCAUAGUGAAGCUUAAUAUAAUGUAAUUAUGGUAUAUAGUGAGGCUCCAUGUAUUAUACAGUAUUUUUAAAUGCCAUGACAUACCUCAAGAUGAUAUUUUUGUUAUUAUUUCCUCUUAUUCUUUAGUUAAUGAUUGUCCUUGAUACCAGCUUGUGGGCCACAAGACUUAAUAUCCUUUAAAAAAAUUUUUUUAAAUAGAUAAAUAACUACUUUGUUUCAUGAUACUUAAUUCUGAGUCUUUUCCAAGAUUGAUUGCCCUGAUGGCAAAUUUCCAGUUGGCUCAAGACUACCCGUGUGUAUUGAGUUCAUUGGUUCUCCCAACAUGACCAUUCCUAAAUCAGGAUUCUUAACUACUAAGUAAUAUCUGAAGAGGGAGGCAUUGCCUGCCAUUCUCUAGUCUCACCAGAGUGAUACUAACACCUUUCCAAAUUGUAACCUGAUUUUUAGUUGUUGGGGCCAAUAGGAAAAUUGACUGAUUUGAGCUUUAUUCAUAGAAAUGAAGUAGUGCUUGCAUGUGUAUACCCUAACGCACUUUAGUCUAUGACCUAAAUGUUCUUUUAUGCUAUUAUCUUCUGCAUGCAAACUUCACACACAUCAGCAUGAACUUCAGCAAUGUCCACUGAACAGUGUUACCAGCACUUUAAUUGCCUUUUUCAGAAAGAAUGCUUUCUCAUAACUGUUUAUAUGAAGCAUCAAACAGUACCCACCAAACAGCUGUCAGAUUCAGCAGACAAAACAUCUAUUCUAUCAUUUUAGCAGCAUAAAAGAAGAACAUUUAAGAAUGUUUGCAAGUUGUAAAUAAUGACUCCAGUUAUCAUAUCGUAUGUAGGUAAGACUUUAGAGAAAAUUAUUUUCUAGAAUGAAACUUAUCUAUUAAUGAUUUCUGAGAAAAUUGAAUUCUUUAGCUUUUAAAUGUGGGAAAAUGCUACACAGGGAUAUAAUUUGUUUAAAGUAAGCUUUAUUUAUGCCAAGGAUUUUUUUUUUCUUUCUUCUUCAACAUCAAGAAAAUAAUGGGAAUUGAUUAGGCCAAAGUUUGCUUUUGCAGAUAUGCUGUUUAUUAUCUUCUGGAUAUCCUUCUCACUUUAUUGUCCUCAAGAGUGUCUGGUUGAAGGGAUGAAGUUUUGCAAAAAUAAACCACUACUGCAGUCAUGCCUAGUGUCUGGAAGAAGAAAAACAAACCAGCAUCAGUUUAAAAAAAAUUUUUUAACCCAAGAAACUUCAAAUGAAUUGUUUCAUAAAGAAGUUCAACAUUGGAGGAAGAAGCUCUAAAAUCAAGAUGCUGUGGCACAUCUUCCCUGUUCCUCUUCUCAGGCACCUCUGCAGAACUCGGGAACACAGAAUUGAAAAUCAUGGAGCUAGACAACUUCUUGUAUUCCCUUUGAGUAUCAAAAGCUCACUUCAUUACUACUAUUAUUGACUGUAUUUAUAAGCAGGUAACUAAGAUAGGAUGUCUUAGUGAGCAGAUCACAUCUUUAGCAUUUGAUGUUCCUUGUAUGAUCAUGAGAUCUUAAAACUUUAAGAACAAGAGUUUUAAUAUUUUUCAAUAUUAUGUUUUUGAGUAAUACAAUCAAAACAUAGUUAUUGCUUCCUAUGUGGCCAAGUUACUGCUUAGUGGAUGAAAAAAACUUGGUGUUCCAGUUAUAUAUGAACUCAGAACUCAAUUCAUUAAAAUUAUUUUGCUAAGUCAUGCUAAGAUAUAUUGAAAUUUCUACUCAUAUUGUUUUUUUAAAUGUAUUUUGAGUCUGAAAUUAGUAGUGUAGAAAAUCACUAAAAGCACUAUGGCAUAAAAAGACGUAUGUAACUAAGAACGGUGAUAGUAAACAGGUACAGGAGGACCAAACUCUAUACAUGAAAAUUUUUAUGUUAUUUUAUAUUAGAGUGUAUCAGUAUUACUAUUUAUCAUUUAUAUAGCAUUUUAUAUCUGCAAAUUAUUUAAUAAUUUUUGUUUUUCUUUACAUUUCUAUGAAGUAGGACAGUUAUCCCACAUGAAAGGUAAAGAAAUUGAGGCACAGAACAGUAAAGCAGCCUAUUUAAAACAGCCAGUGAAUCAAUGGCAAAAAAUAGGGUUAGAAUGAUCAGGUUUUCUGAAUCCUAGAAUAUCAACUUACUCACAGGUGUAUUGUGUAUCAUUCUCUUUUAUAAGGUGAUUUUAUACAAGUAACAGUUCAUUGUUUUAAAGUUGUUUAGUCAUUGUAUGUGGAUAGAUCCUAUACAGAAUAAAUGCUACAUAAAGAAUGUGAUUUUAGGGGCUGGGAUUGUGGCUCAGCGGUAGAGCGCUCUCCUAGUACAGGCGGGGCCUGGGUUCCAUUCUCAGCACCACAUAAAAAUAAAGGUAUUGUGUUGUGUCCAUCUACACCUAAAAAAUAAAUAUUAAAAAAAAUGCGGCUUUAGUUAUGAAAGUUUAAGUGAUAAAAUUCAGGUUAUCAGGAAUGGCAGUGUUUAGCCAGUGUUUCAUACAUUGUGAAGUAUAAUUAAUAUUGUAUUUUGAUACAGGAGUUUCUUGACUAUCCAUGCCAAUGGAACCAUGAAUGGGCCAGAAAGAUGAAAUCAACAGAUGUUCUAUAAACUUUAUUUUUUAACAUCGGCUUUCUCCCCACAGAACUGUAUUAAUGCCACCAAGAAGUCAAAUAUUUAAGUAUAAUAUUAUUAAGUAUAAGCCAUACAAAGCAAGAGAAGCAAAGGGACUCUUAAAGACAUAAUGUUUAAUUAUUUUUUUAAUAAUGAGGAUUGAACGCAGGGAUGCUUUGCCUCUGAGCUACAUCCCUAGCCCUUUCUUUUCUUUCUUUCUUUUUUUGAGACAAGGUCUUGAUAAGUUGCCCAGGCUGGCCUUGAAUUUGCAAUCCCCCUGCCUCAGUCUCCUGAGUAGCUAGGAUUACAGAUGUUCACCGCUGUGCCCUGCUCAUUAUUUUUAUUUAUUUUAAAUUUUUAAAAAAGUUUUUGGUACCAGAUAUUGGACCUGAAGUGCUUUACCACUGAGCCACAUCCCCAGCCCUUUUUAUUUUUUGAGACAGAGCCUCGCUAAAUUGCUGAGGCUGGCUUUGAACUUGUGAUCCUCCUGCCUCAGCCUCCCAAACUUCUGGGAUUAUAUGUGUGCAUCCUGCUCCCAGGCCACUCAUCAUUUUUAAACAGGAAACUGAAGUCCAGUUGCCUCUUUACCUUUGGACUUGAUUAGAUCUUUUGCAAGUUUGAUUCUAUUGAAUGGCUUAGAAAGUACAUCCAAGAUUUUAUUAUAUUUUGUCUGCUUCCCUCUUUCAAAUUUCUAGAUAAGCAUUCUACUAUACAGUUGAGAUUUCUUGUUUGUUUUUGUUUUGGGUACUGGGAAUUGAGCCUAGGGGCACUUUACUAUUGAGCCACAGCCCUAUUCCUGUUAAUUUGUUGUGUUGUUGUUGUUUGUUUUUAAUUUUGAGACAGGGUCUCCCUUAGUUGUCUGGGCUAGCUUUGAACUGGCAAUCCCCCUGCCUCUCUCACAUUAUAUAGUUUCUUUAUUCCACUAGAUAUACCUUUUUCCUUUUAUCUUUCUAACCCUCACUCCCACUCCUAGUGCUGGGGAUCCAACUAAGGGCAUUGCCCAUACUAGGCAAGCACUCUAUCAAUGAGCUACAUCCUCAGCCCAGAGAAAAUCUUUUAAUUCCUUACUGAUAUUAUGUACUGCUACUUAAUUCCUUUGUUAAGGAUUUACAUUUUUAUUCAGCCUAUAAGGGGGAAAAAUGGAAGGAUAUUUGUUUCUAUACCAAGGGUUCUCAACCUUGGCUACACAUUAAAGUUAUUUGUAAAGGUUUUUUUUUUUUUUUUUUUUUUUUUAAUUUAUUUAUUUAUUUUUCGGCGGACACAACAUCUUUGUUUGUAUGUGGUGCUGAGGAUCGAACCCGGGCCGCACGCAUGCCAGGCGAGCGCGCUACCACUUGAGCCACAUCCCCAGCCCCAAAAGGUUUUAAAAAUAUAGAUGCCGGGCUGGAGGUGUAGUUCAGUGAUAUGAGUUGGUUGUUUGUCGUGUUCAGGGGCCUGGCUUUGAUUUCCACCACAACCAAAAAAGUAAAAUACAAAACUUAGGCAAAUUAAAAUUUCUAGCAUGUUGGGCCUGGGCAUCAGUGUUUUCUCAAAAACAUCCCAGUGUUUCUUACAUGCAAAAUAGGCCCUCUAGUCAAGAUUUUCCUCUGUCCUCCCCAUACAUAUGCUAGGGAGGGGCAGUAGGACCAUCUGAUUCUUCCUGUCCACAGGAUCUCAAUCCUAUCACAUAAGGGAAUAUUUAAAAAACACAGAUGCAUGGGCCUGGCACAGUGACACAUGCCUGUAAUCCCAGGCUGAGGCAGAACAAUGUCAAGUUCAAGGCUAGCCUCAGCAAUUUAGGCCAUCAGUAACUAAGUAGACCCUGCCUCAAAGAAAAAAGAAAAGAAAAGGUCAGGGGCUGUUCUGCAGUAGUAAAGUCCCCUGGGUUCAAGCCAAAAAGUAAAAUACAAAAUGCAGGCUGGGAGUGUUUUUUAGUGGUACAAUGCUUGCCUGGCAUUCACUGGGUCCAUCUCCAGUACUGCAAAAAGAAAAUAAUAAUAAUAAAAUACAUAUAAUUUUUGUGACAUUUCAAGCCACCGUGUAUGUUCUCUAAUCUGAGUUAUUAAGAGGAUCAGAUAAUCAACAUUCUAGUAGGACGUCUAAAAGUGGCCCAUUUUUACUCGGGGAUAUAUUUGCAUUUUAUUUAAUCAUGGGUGUCACACUCUGGGAAUUCACUUAGUACUGUACUUAAAACUAAUAAAAGAACUAUAUUAUGAGUAUAUGGUUGAAAUACAAUAUAUGAAAUUUGCUUUAGUUUCUUUUAAAAGAAAGGAACCAGAACACUCUUCAAGCACCAUGAAGCUCAAUUGAUACACAUUAGCAUUCCGUAAAAUAAUGCACUGAAUCAAUUUUAUUCCAGUAAAGUGUAAUACUAGCUGCCUGCGGUGGUGAAUACCUGCAAUCCCAGCGACUGGGGAGGCUGAAGCAAGAGAAUCCCAAGUUCGAGGUCAGCCUCAGCAAUUUAGCAAAACCCUGUCUCAAAAAAUAAAGAGGACUGGGGGUGUUGCUCAGUGGUUAAGCACCCCUGGGCUCAAUCUCCAAUUUAAAAAAAAAAAUAGUACUAGAAAGGUAGGACAAUACUAAGAUAUGCUUUUUAAUUUAAUUUUUUAUUUGUUUUGUUUGAAACUGAAUGUUUACCACUGAGUUUACCAGUGUUUACCACAUCCCCAGUUUUUUGGCUUGAGUCAGGGUCUCACCAGGUUGCCAAGGUCAGUUUGCUGUCCCACUGUCUAAGACUUAAGUCUCUGGAAUUACAGGUAGGCACCACCAUGCUCUGCAAAAAGACAUGUUAUUUUAGGGCUGGGAUUGUGGCUCAGCUGUAGUGCGCUUGCCUAGCAUGUGUGGGGCCCUGGGUUCGAUUCUCAGCACCAUAUAAAAAUAAAUGAAUGGAAUAAAGGUAUAAAUAAAAAUUCUAAAGAUGUCUUAUUAGAUUUACUAUUUAAAAAGAUGUGUUAUUUUUAAAAGCCUAUAGAAAACUUUGGAAACAAAAGCCAUUUUCUUCUUCCCUUUACUUCAGUUAUUGCCCUUAAAAAAAAAAAAGAUUUGGCAUGUGGCUCAGCGGUAGAGCGCUUACCUAGCACGUAUGUGAGGCUCUGGGUUCGAUCCUCAGCACCACAUUUAAACAAAUAAAUAAUAAGGGUAUUGUGCUCAUCUACAACUAAAAAUAUUUUUUUAAAAAAAUAAAGCUUUCAAAAUAACUUAAAACAUGGCCAUAAUCAUUUAAGAACUACAUUUGCAGUCCAUACAUGACAAGUAUAUUCAUUGAGUCUCCUACAAAAAAAAAAUAAUAAUAAUUCCAAUGACGAAAUGGGACUUUUCUUGCAUAAUUCAAAAAUGCUGAAAUAAAACACAGAUACUGUGCCUUUUAUUGUA